CGCCUGUGGGAAAGUGCGUCGCUCGGAAAAUUCGUUCGAGUUCGGCUCUGGACUUGGCCAUCAAUUAAAAACUGGACACAAGUUGUUAAAAUGCGAGUUAGGUGACAACUUUCUUAAGGAAAGUCCGACGUGAUUGAAUUUUUGAUAGGAAAGGAAAUGAGGUGUUGGUGAUGAUCCUCAUGCAGAGUCCCGAAUCAAGUGUGUAAUUUUAGCCAGUUGGAAGUCACUCAAAUAUUUGUUCAAGAUGCAAAUGAACACGUGAAAAAUAACAAUGAGUCCGCAACAGACAAAAGUAAACACCGCAAACAAAUCCUCUUCAACCUCAUCCGGAAGAAACCAGGAAGUAGCAACCUUGAUUGUUAUGAUAGUAGUGUUGACAAUUAUCAUAUUAUUCUGCUGUUUUGCUGCACCUGGUGUGAGAGAUUUGUGUAAAAAAUAUGUUUUUCGUACCUGUGUCAUGGAUGAUCCAGAUAUAGACAAUGCUAGCGCCGCAGGAGAAUCAGCGACGCCAACAAUAAUCCUGCUGCCGUACGGCAGGAUGUUGGUGGUGGACCGCGCUGUUUUCGCCCAGCUCCAAGCCGACCACACUGGCAUCGAUUUUAUGGAACUGAGUGCAAAUCUGAUACGGUCUCAACGAUACCAAACCGGAAGCACUCCCAGCAUCCUGGAUUCGGAAACGACCAGCAAAGGGCUUUCGCCCACUUCCUUGGGGUUCUCGCCACCGGCCUACGAGGACAUCUUCGGGGACAAAUCCGAUCUUCCGCCGUCGUAUAGUGAAGUUAGUUUAAUGUUUAGGACACAAAGAAGACUGCAGGAACCGGAAAGCAUCGAAAUGUGCGAAGUGGACACGGAUGUGAAUAAUGAAAACAAUCUUAAUAAGGAGUUGGACGAGCAAAGUGUGAGGAUUGGGAUGGAGGAGUGUGAUGAGUCCACUUCCGAAACGAGGGAGGUGGCUAAUGAUUGCUCGGUUAAAGAGAGUAGGAUCUAAGACACCCUUGUUAUUGUUACACAAUGCUGUUAUUGGGGCAGUCGAACACAAAGAAAUUCUAAAAUUGUUAAAAACAAGACAAAAAGUGGCCUGUAACUAUGAAAUUAAGUUGGCAACUUAAGAAGUUGCCAUAGAUUAGAAAUUGCUAUUUGGCAACACUGACCAUCAGAAAUAAAUGUCACAAUUUUAUUAUCAAUUGUCAUUCAUUUUCAACGGGAGGCAGCUAACAUAGCAUCACCUGGAACAACCUAACAUCACCAGUGUUGCCACAAAUCUCUUAUUUACAGAUUUGUCAACAAGAAAUUACCACCUAUCAUUUGAAUUUCUAGGAAAAUUACUUUUUUCAUGUUGUUUGUAACUAGAAUUUUCAGAAGUAAUUUUCAAUGCCUAGAGUUGGUUACCCCUUG